UCCCCGCUUUAUCCCACACUGCACCGCGUGGCGCGUCAUUGAACAGAGCCCAUGAUGGCGGCGCUGGGUGCGAGUGAAGUGAUCGCCCAGCUGGAGAGCGCUGCCAAAGUUUUAAUGGCUCCGCCAUCCAUGGUGAAUAAUGAACAGCGGCAGCAUGCAGAGCACAUCUUCCUCUCCUUUAGAAAAUCCAAGUCCCCUUUUGCUGUAUGCAAGCACAUUUUAGAAACCAGUAAAGUGGACUAUGUACUUUUUCAAGCUGCCACAGCGAUAAUGGAAGCUGUUGUAAGAGAAUGGAUCCUCCUGGAAAAAAGUAGCAUUGAAUCACUCCGAACAUUCCUUUUAACUUAUGUCUUACAGAGGCCUAACCUCCAGAAAUAUGUACGAGAACAGAUCCUCUUGGCGGUAGCAGUCAUAGUGAAGAGAGGAUCAUUAGACAAAUCAAUUGACUGCAAGAGCAUUUUCCACGAAGUCAAUCAGUUAAUCAACAGUGGUAACCCUACAGUUCAAACAUUGGCUUGUUCCAUAUUAACGGCACUACUUAUAGAAUUUUCAAGUUCCAGUAAAACUAGUAAUAUCGGCCUUAGCAUGGAAUUUCAUGGAAACUGCAAAAGAAUAUUCCAGGAAGAGGAUCUACGCAGAAUCUUCAUGUUAACGAUAGAAGUUCUACAAGAAUUUAGCCGGCGGGAGAACCUCAGUGCUCAGAUGUCCUCUGUAUUCCAGCGCUACCUUGCACUAGCCAAUCAAGUUUUAAGCUGGAAUUUUCUUCCUCCAAAUUUGGGCAGACAUUAUAUAGCUAUGUUUGAAUCCUCCCAAAAUGUGAUGCUGAAGCCAACUGAGUCCUGGCGUGAAACCCUUCUUGACAGCAGAGUCAUGGAGCUGUUCUUUACAGUUCACCGGAAGAUCAGAGAGGAUUCAGAUAUGGCCCAGGACUCUUUACAGUGCUUGGCGCAGCUGGCAUCUCUCCAUGGCCCCAUCUUUCCUGAUGAGAGGUCACAAGUAGAUUACUUGGCACAUUUCAUUGAAGGACUGCUGAAUACUAUUAACGGGAUAGAAAUUGAGGAUUCCGAAGCAGUUGGAAUUUCCAGCAUAAUCAGCAAUUUAAUAACCGUUUUUCCACGCAAUAUCCUGACCGCCAUUCCGAACGACCUUUUCUCCUCUUUUGUGAACUGCCUCACACACCUUACAUGUUCCUUUGGAAGAAGCGCUGCCCUGGAGGAAGUACUUGACAAAGAUGAUAUGGUGUACAUGGAAGCUUAUGAUAAGUUGCUUGAAUCUUGGCUCACAUUGGUGCAAGAUGAUAAACAUUUCCAUAAAGGCUUCUUUACCCAGCAUGCCGUCCAGGUGUUUAAUUCUUACAUCCAGUGCCAUCUAGCAGCUCCUGAUGGUACGCGGAACUUGACUGCCAAUGGUGUUGCCUCCCGUGAGGAGGAGGAAAUCAAUGAAAUUCAAGAAGAUGACCGUGACUUGUUCUCUGAUCAGCUGGCCAGUGUGGGAAUGCUGGGAAGGAUAGCGGCAGACCACUGCAUACCUCUGCUGACAAGCUUGCUGGAGGACAGAGUGACGAGACUUCAUGGGCAGCUACAAAGGCACCAACAGCACUUACUGGCCUCACCAGGCUCCGGCUCGGCAGAUAAUAAAGUGCUGGAUGACCUGUACGAGGACAUUCAUUGGCUUAUUCUAGUUACAGGCUACCUCUUAGCUGAUGAUGCUCAGGGUGAGACUCCAUUAAUACCUCCAGAAAUAAUGGAAUACUCAAUUAAACAAUCGAAUGACGUUGACAUCAACAUAACACUUCAGAUCCUGGGAUCUCCUGGAGAGAAAGCUUCAUCUAUUCCAGGUUGUAAUAGGACAGACUCUGUGAUCAGGUUACUCUCUGCUGUCUUAAGAGCAUCAGAAGUAGAAUCCAGGGCUACGAGGGCGAAUUUAACGCAUCUCUUAAGCCCUCAGAUGGGGAAGGACAUUGUCUGGUUCCUGAGGCGAUGGACGAAGACUUAUCUUCUUGUAGAUGAAAAAUUGUAUGACCAGAUCAGCAUACCAUUGAAUACAGCAUUUGGAGCUGACACAGAAGGUUCCCAGUGGAUCAUUGGUUAUCUUUUGGAGAAAGUAAUCAGUAAUUUGUCAGUGUGGAGCUCUGAGCAGGAGCUGGCCAAUGACACUGUCCAGUUACUAGUAGCGCUGGUAGAAAGAAGAGAGCGGGCUAAUUUGGUAAUACAGUGUGAAAAUUGGUGGAAUUUGGCGAAGCAGUUUGCGCGGAGGAGUCCUCCCCUUCACUUCCUGUCCAGCUCUGUGCAGAGGACGCUCAUGAAAGCUCUGGUACUGGGAGGAUUUGCUCACAUGGACUCGGAAACCAAACAACAGUACUGGACCGAGGUGCUCCAACCUCUUCAACAGAGGUUUUUGAAUGUGAUAAAUCAAGAAAACUUCCAGCAGAUUUGCCAAGAAGAGGAGGUGAAGCAGGAGAUCACAGCCACGCUGGAGGCCCUGUGUGGCAUUGCAGAGGCCACUCAAAUUGACAAUGUUGCAAUCCUCUUCAAUUUCCUUAUGGACUUUUUAACUAACUGUAUUGGGCUAAUGGAAGUCUACAAGAAUACCCCAGAGACUGUGAACCUAAUUAUAGAAGUUUUUGUAGAAGUUGCACAUAAACAGAUUUGUUACCUUGGAGAGUCCAAAGCCAUGAAUCUCUAUGAAGCAUGCCUGACUCUGCUUCAGGUGUAUUCCAAGAACAAUCUGGGUAGGAAACGCAUUGACGUUACUGCAGAGGAGGAUCAGUACCAGGAUCUCUUGCUCAUAAUGGAACUUCUUACCAAUUUGUUGUCAAAGGAGUUUAUAGACUUUAGUGACACAGAUGAAGUUUUUCGACCACACGAGCAGGGACAAGCAACUAACCGACCGGUUUCAGCGGCAGAUGUAGUUUUAUACGGGGUCAACAUUGUGCUGCCAUUAAUGUCACAAGAUCUGCUAAAGUUUCCAUCACUUUGCAAUCAGUACUACAAGCUAAUUACAUUUAUAUGUGAGAUUUUUCCUGAGAAGAUUCCACAACUCCCUGAAGACCUAUUCAAGAGCCUGAUGUAUUCUUUAGAGCUUGGGAUGACUUCGAUGAGCUCAGAAGUGUCCCAACUCUGCCUGGAAGCAUUAACCCCAUUGGCUGAGCAGUGUGCAAAGGCCCAGGACACAGACUCUCCACUGCUGGUAGCAACACGGCACUUUCUAAAGCUGGUCUUUGACAUGCUUGUUUUGCAAAAACACAAUACGGAAAUGACUACGGCAGCAGGAGAAGCAUUUUACACAUUGGUGUGCUUGAACCAGGCAGAGUAUGCCGAGUUAGUUGAAACACUAUUAUCUAGCCAGCAGGAUCCUGUCAUCUACCAGCGGUUAGCUGAUGCCUUCAACAAGCUUACAGCAAGCAGCACUCCUCCCACCCUGGACCGAAAACAGAAGAUGUCCUUCCUGAAGAGCUUAGAAGAGUUCAUGGCCAACGUGGGGGGGCUCCUCUGUGUUAAAUGAGAAGCAGAACUCAAAUUGUUCUCUACAAAUGCACUGAAAUUGCUGAUGUUGGUCUGACUCCCUCCUGACCUGUCCCCAUAUGCAUCUCUGGGUGUUUUCAAAAACAUUAUUUAAGUGUAAUGAGGGAGGGGGGCUUAAAGAUGCAUCAGCUAUAUGACUAUACACGCAGCACAGUGUUGUGCUUAAACGGAUGAAUGGGUAGACUUAUUUUUCUAAAAGGAAUUUCCAUAUGCCUGCAAACAGAUAAUGGGCACAAUUAUUCUUUGCAGUGCCUUUCCUCUCCCAACAUGGUCAGAAGUGUGCUUUGCCUGAUGAAUGAUUUUUAGAUAACUUUUUUUUUUUCUUUUUUAAAGGAAAAAAGUUAGAUUGAAUGUGCAAUUGACACAAACAUAAAUUGGUGUCUAAAUGCAACUUUUCCUACCCUACCG